UUUUUUCACAUCCCUAUUUAUAUUAUAUUAGUCGUCUUUUGUUUAUUCAGAAUAACUAUUAAAAGAUAUAUAUUUUUAUAAUUACAAUACGUUUUCUCGGUGAAUGUUUUCUUAUAUUAUAUGCACGCACACACAAUAAUGGGAACUCCGAAGGGAAGAAAAUGGUUUAAACCCAUGUUUGAAUUUGAGGAACCUGAUCCUCCAAAGAAAAAGAAAGGGAAUAGUAUAAAUAAACCCAGAGAGACAAAAAAUUAUGAUAAAGAGGUUCCACUCAAACAGAAUAAUAAUAUAACAGUGCAUAAUGUAAACAAUAAAAAUUGGAUGAAAAAUUUUGACCCAGUAAACAUAGAAGACUUAGCUGUUCAUAAUAAGAAAGUACAAGAAGUUGAAGAGUGGUUAAAAUGUUCAUGUUUAAGCGGCAGCAAUAGUAACAUGUUAUUACUCUCAGGACCAGUAGGGUGCGGAAAAACUGCAACUAUUUACACAUUAGCAGUUAAACAUGAUAUUAAAUUAACAGAAUGGAUAACUCCUGUUGAUAUAGAAAUUCCUUCUGAUUAUGGUGACUACCAUUAUAAAGAAUCUCAGACUAAAAAAUUUUUAGAUUUCAUAAUAAAUGCAGCAAACUUUACAUCUCUUUUGGAUAGUAACAGUAAAAAACUGGUACUUGUAGAAGAUUUUCCAAAUGCAUUUCUAAGAACACCAGCAGAUUUCACAGAUAUUUUGCAACAGUACAAGCGAAGAGCAAAAAGUCCAUUAGUUUUUAUAUGUUCGGAAACUCACAGUGACAAUAAGAAUACUGCUCUUCACCUCUUUACUCCCACAAUAAAGGAUCAGUUUAAUAUUAAUCAUAUAAUGUUCAAUAGUAUAUCUGUGACGGGUUUGAAGUCAGCUUUAAAACGAACAGUUGAUAUAAUUAGUAAGAAAUACACUACUAUGUACAAUAUACCUAGCCCAUCUGUAGUGGAUUCAGUAGUGCAUUCAUCGGGAGGUGAUGUCAGAUCUGCGAUUUUAAAUCUUCAUUUCGCAGCAUUAAAAGGUUCUACAAUGAAUUUAGAGACAAGUAUAAUUCAAGAAAAGGAAGUAAAAAGCAAAGGCGUUAAAAGGAAAAAAAAUUCAUCAAGUAAAUUCAUGUCACUGGGAAAGGAUCAAACUGUUAGUAUUUUACAUGGAGUGGGCAGAGUUUUAAAUCCUAAAGUUGUACCUUCAGAGAAUGGUGGUACAAAUUUAACACAUUCACCAAGAGAUGUAAUAGAACAAUUCAUUAGCCACCCAAGUUCAUUUAUUGCAUUUUUAGAAGAAAAUUACUUAGCCCACUUCUCAAGCCUUAAUGAUGUAGAUAAAGCAGCAUCAGCUCUAAGUGAUGGCGACUUCAUGUUAGGAGAAUGGAGGGAGAAAACAUGUCAGGAAUAUGGCUUAUAUACAGCAGUAGCUGGUCUAAUGUUGGCAAACAAAGCACCUGUAUCAGCUUGGAAUCCUGUGCGUGGUCCCAAAAACAUGAGAGUGCAAUAUCCGACUCUAAAAGAAAUGCCACAACUCGACAAAGACUAUUUAUACAAAGCCAAAGUACUAGUGACAGACUACUUGACCUACUGCAAAAUAAUUGGCAAUAAAGCUGAAGACAUUCUUUUAGAUAUUUCGGAUUAAAGCGGUCAAUAAAACCAUGUAGUACAAAA